AUGCACGCCAGACGUUUCCAAUUAACACUUAAUCAACCACAGCAUUAUGCUGCUGUUAAAGAUGCCUUGACAACCAAGCCUUAUUUUAAAUAUCUUAUUAGUUGUCGUGAAGUAGCACCUACAACUGGACAUGAACAUGUCCAUAUAUUUGUGUGCUUUGAGAAGGAUGUUAGACUUUCUGUAGAAUUAAUGCAUGGGGCACAUAUUGAGAAAUGCAGGGGGAGUAAUAAGCAGAACAUAGAUUAUAUAAAGAAGCAUUCUGAUAUAAUCGAUGAGAUAGGAGAAGCUCCUAAGCAGGGAAGAGCUCAUACAGUGAGGGAGUUGUUAGCUAUUGAUGAUCCAGGUGACUUACCUUAUUGUGAAUUUGCUACUUGGAAUAAGGUUAAAUUUGUUGAUCAGUCUAUGACAGUUGAUGAUGUUUACAAACCUGAUAUUAAAGUAUUUUAUAUCUAUGGAAACAGUGGAAUAGGAAAGACUAAGAAAGUAAUUGAAUUAUUUUUAACUAUUUAG